AUGCCUAAAUCUUCGACACUUUCGUUGGCCAUGCGGGGAAAGCCCAAAGAUAAUGGUGGUAGUGCGCCCCUGAGUCCGAGGAGUCCACGGUCACCAGAGAUGCUCGACAAGUUCGACUACGCAGCACCCAACGCUGCUUUCCACAAUAUGCCGCAAUCACCAGCCUCACCCAAACCUCGCAAAGACUCCAAGAGCAUCUUCGCCAACUUCUCCGCUAACAAGUCAUCCUCGCGCCUCAACCACAGCCAAGGAAAUUCGUCACGGCAGCUUCACGAGCAGCAAUCGUCCCCAACCCUGUAUUCCAACGGACGGAGUGGCGCAUCCACACCGGAUCUCGGCCGCCCUGUGCGCACUCCCAAUUCCGAUGUAGACACCAGCUCCGAAGUCGUACGCUUAGACCAACGGGCACCUUCUGCCUUAUCAAACGACUCUGACCUGCACACUGACCCAUCCAAACGCAACAACCCAAAACCAAAGAAGCAGGGUAUUUUGUCGAGGUCCAAAUCUAUCAAAGAGGGGGAAGGCUCGGGAUCGCGUACAAAACUGAACAAGGUGCCCCCAGGGCAAUUAUCACCAGACGUGGCAGGCUCGUGGACGACGAAUGGCGACGGUACGCCGCUGAAACCGACAACAAUGGACAAGGGUCAGUCAUGGCGCCAAAUGGGAAUGGGCAAGAUGCGAACCCACUCGACAGAACGGCAAGAGGCACCCAAACCAAUACCACACAACGAUGACGCUGGAUCAAGAAGAGACAAGUCAGAGCAGUUAUCGGUUGCCUCCAACUCCUUCAACGAGACCAAAGGACAUGGUUUCAUUUUCAAGCUCGGCUCAGGGGCUCGCAACAUGGGAGAGAAGAUGGACUCUGCACGCAAGGGCGUUUUCGGCAAGCUAGCACGAAGUUCGAGCAACCACGAGACCCAGACGCCCGUAAUGAAUGAGCCAUAUGUCUGCAAGAUCAUACACAAGCCACUAAUAGAACAGACGAGACUGACCAGAAUAUCCACCCGGUUAGAACAGUCACGCGACAAGACUGAAUUCUGGAUGCCGGCUCUGCCCUGGCGAUGUAUCGAUUACUUGAACAUGAGAGGUUGUGAAGAGGAAGGCUUAUAUCGUGUCCCGGGAUCUGCCCAACAAGUUCGAUAUUACGAACGCAAGUUUGAUGAGGACCGGGAUAUCGAUUUGAUCAGCGACCCGAACCUAAACGACCCCAAUGUCAUUGGUUCCUUGUUCAAGAACUGGCUACGACAAUUACCAGACGAAAUCUUCCCAAAAGCGAUUCAGGCUGCCAUCCAACAAGAAUGCCAAGGCGCAAAAACAACGCCACAAAUGCUCAAGGAUGAGCUGUCGAAACUGCCCCCAUUCAACUACUACCUUUUGUUCGCAAUUACUUGUCACAUCAGCCUCCUCCAUUCUUGUUCCGAGUUCAACAAAAUGAACUACAAUAACUUGUGUAUCUGUUUCCAGCCGGCAAUCAAAAUCGACGCCUUUUGUUUCCAGUUUCUAAUCUUGGAUUGGCGAAAUUGCUGGCAGGGCUGCUGGACAGAGAAAGAUUUUUUGACAGAGGAAAUCAACUUCUUGAACUCUCUCGAGGCCGAGAACCAACAGCAGCAGCAGCAGCAAUUACAGCAGCAACAGCAACAACAGCAACAACAGCAACAACAGCAACAACAGCAACAACAACAACAAACAUCCUCGAAAAACGGCCAGAGUAAGAGCAAAGGUGGUAAUUCAUCAAACCAGAAGCCUUCUACCAAACGGAGUCAAUCAACUGACUACAUCAAACCCUCUUCUCGCGGAAUCUCGUCUGACAGAAAUGGGCGUGCUACGCCGCCCAAUCCUCCACCGGUUUUGUCGGAACCUGCGAGCAACCCUGUACUGCGCAUGCGUGGCGGGGGUUACAGUGAGCGUGAGAUGUCUCCGGAACGCCUGACUUCGUCUUCAGACAGCCGAGAAGGGGUUCCCCACAAACGAGGUGUUCCAAGAGCACCCCCGUCAGUCAGCACAGAAGCAUCUUCGGUUGACUUGGACGAAAAUACUACACCAACCCAAGCAAACCAUAUGCGCGAACACUCAGAAUCGACACAAUUCCGCCUGGACCUGCGCGAUCCACCGGGCUCUCCCUUCAACAUCAAGUUCUGA